UAUUGUGAUGAUUUUAUUGUCUUGGAAUACAAUUUGUUUAUUAGUUUAGUGAUUAUUAUUUUUUAAUAUUCUCGAGGAAAUAGUAAUAGUGUUUGAUAUACUAACUACUUAACUGAUGGAAGCAGCAGCAAUGGCGCCUACAUCCAAAGCUCUGCCUAACAAUACUGCAGCUGCUUCAGAUGUAUCUUUGCGCUUUUAUUCGUUCUUGCCUUGCACACAGCCAAAAAAAGCUCUGACCAACAGUUCAAAAACAAGUGGUUAUAGUACGGAUACAAGUGGUGUGCUUGUUAUCAACGAUAGCGACGAUGAAGACUCAUCGACUAUAUCUGCCGCUUCAGAGCCUCAAUUUGAGUUUCUAUGCGAAAUUGAUGUUGACAAAAAUGUUGCGCUUCCACGACCUAUCGAGCUAAAAGUGGAGUGUAAAAAAGAGCCCAACCAUGAUUACAUUAAUCAACAGCAGCAAAAGGAUAAAAUAUGUAAUGAAAAAAAUCAAACAUCAAUUCAUACAGCAGCGACAACAGAUUAUAGUGAUUGUGAGGAUGAGCUUUUAGCAUUGUGUAAAAUUGAACCAGUUUGUGAUCUGAAUGAAGUCUUACCACAUACAACGAACGCGGAACAUGAGAACAAUCACUAUAUUUACUUCACCUGCCCACAAUGUGGUGAACGCUAUGAUGCACAUCCACAAUGGAGGCGCCAUAUAGAGAUGGCGCAUCAGUUGGGCGAUAAUAAAAAUUGGAAUUUCAAACGACGACCGAACAAUGAGUUCGAAUGUGCCAAAUGCCACGAAAUUUUUACGCGUUGUACGCUAAAAACUUUGCAACAACAUCACUUUACACACUUGCCGCACAAAGUGUACCAUUGCAAAUUGUGUCCGUACCAGGAACAUAGUAUGUUUUUGAUGAUUUCGCAUAUUAUGUUGCACAAGGAGAGAGAUGCCAGCUGCAGCGCUAGUGCCAAAAAUAGUAAUGACGUGCCGACAGCACGUGAAAAAGCGCUGUGGGAGCACGAGAGUCGCGCUUUAAUUUCAUACAUAUGUCCGGCUUGUGGUUUAACUUUUGAGACAGAGGAUGCUUGGCAGGCGCACAUAAAUUUUAGUCACAACUUCCUAGAGAAAACAGCGGAAAAUCGUUUCGGUGAUCAUUUCAAAUGCUCCGAAUGCACGGUCGAAAUCUUCUCACAGCACAUUGCCGAUCUGCAGCAACAUCUGUUCACACAUUUACCCUACAAAUCAUAUUUCAAAUGCAAAGUAUGCAGCUUUACUAUAUCGCGACGAAAUUUCAUGCUCUCCCACAUAUUAAACUUACACAAAGUACAUUUAACACCCGGCGCCAUUCCAAGUGGCGACACCGUUUUAACACCAGUUACAUCAACCACAACAUCAGUUACCGGUGUAUCGCCUGCAGUCGUCACAACAACCACAACGAUCACCUCAUCACCUGGUGAAAGCAUAAAUGACAGUAAUAUUUCAUCUGGUAGUUUGCUGGAAUCCGAAGAUAUAAAUGCUAAUUCCAUAAGUGUUUAUAAUGAUGGAAGAAGCUUGCGUAGAAUUUCAGUGCCAUCUCAGCCCAUGAACAUUACAUAUGCCAACAGUGAUCUGCUAAAGAUGCCGUUCAAAGUGACUAAAAGCAAAGGCUCUUUUAGAUGCAAGAAAUGCACCAAACAUUAUAUGUAUCGAAAGAGUUUCGAUAAGCAUAUCCGUUACUGCAGCCCUUAUGAAUUCAACGUUUUAAGUGAUAAGCAGGCUGUAUCGAAAUUGCUUAGCAAACAUAUUUAGACUUAUACAUAUGUCUAUAACGUGGGUGUGCCAGGCAUCACUAGAAUAACCAAAAGUAAUAAAUAACAAAGAGUAAUGUAUACUUUUUUUUCACUCACAUUCCAUUUUCAAGCAUCUACAUUUCAUUUACGUGUGUGCUCGUGCUUGCCUGUGUGUGU